UACAACACAUCUUUAAGAAUCGAUACCAGGAAAAAGUUAAAGCAACCGGAGAAAAGUCUGACAUUACUAUGGCACGUCUAGUUCGUCUCUCAAAAGGCGAGUGGUCCAAAACGCAGCAAAGUGUGUGGCGAUUUGAUGAAGAUAAUACGGUUAGGUCUGACUCCAUUCUUCUCAGGCGAAAUGAAGAAUAUGGUUCGCUAGACCUAAAAGUCCGUGGGCUCUUCAAUAUCGAACGACACACUCCCCUACUUGUCACCUUCCAGCUACCGCCAUGGAUGGUGGAACCACAUGGGGAGACAACUCCACCCCACACAAUUCGCACAACCCCUGAUAUCGACAUGCUGAUGAGCGUCCACGAGUGGCAUAUGGAGCCCAAACUAUGUAUAAUGUUUGGUCCCAAAGAAGUUGCAAAGUACCACUACCUAUGUCGGAGUCCUUUUACCAUUGGGCGCCGCAGUUUUCUUGGAGCAGGUGUAACCGAGGAACAACACCUUGCAACGAUAAAUGAAAUAAUGACUCGGGGACGCCUCCUGUGCAGCGAAGAAGUGGUGAGAGAGUUUAAUGACCCGGAAAAACUGAUGCUUAUGUAUCGGUUUUCCAUGGAAGCUGAGAAAGCGAGACAGUCGCUUAACCUGAAUGUCGACGUCCACCCUCGAAUUGUUGAACAAGUCGUCCCCACUGCGGACAAUAAUGUGGUCGUUACCGACCCAAUACCAGUUCCAACUCAAUUAAAUUUGAAUGCAGCAACUUCUCCAAUUUCUGUCUUGCAUAAUACGUAUGCAACAUCACCGUACGGUGGAGUUAGGGUUGGAUAUGGUGGCUACGACGAUGCUCGGUACUGGGAGAUGAGACAUGGGUAUUACGAAAGCUUAAUGGCAUCUACUUACGCUGUGGAGCUUCAAAGGAUUUACGGGGUUCCUGGGUCUGAAUUUACUGGCUAUCAACCUAUCAAUCUAAACAUACAACAAUCUGGGGACCAGGAAAUUCCUCAGUACCAACUUCCUCUCGAAGUUUCUCCAACCGCCUCUUCCACUGAGAUCAACACCUGCGGUACGGUAAUUGCACAGAUUAACAACUCUACACUCGGAACAGGGUACAUGCAUAGUCAAGGCAUAUCUGACGUUGGUGAAUCCUCGACAAGGGUUAAGGGUGACGAUGACCUAUAUGUUGAAGGCCCAGGAACGACCGAUGUUGCGGGACAGGGUGCGCAUAUCGAUGCAGCAGAUUUGGUUGAUGGAAAGCGGGCUGUUGAACAGGGAGGCAAGUAAUGGCUAGACCUUCGGAAUGCUGAAGAAAAGUGUGAUGGUUUAUGAAUAAAUAUAACAUCGGAAUCGGAAUGAAAGUUGGUCUUUGAAUUUAAAUCAGUCGUACGGUUGUAAGAUAUACUUUAUGGACUAUCUGUAAGGGUGUAAGAUUACCGCUGUCUUUUUUUGGGGCCUUUGUAACAAACUAAAGCUUGUGUAAUAUUAGCUAUGAAUGUUGAAAUGCAAUGUAAAAUAUUUUGGUUUU